AGUCACAUCUACUCAUAAGCAGGGCGUUAUUGCCUGAAUAUAUAUUUUUUUUAAAAGUACACUGGUUGUUUGUAGCUGCGAAGAAAAAAAAGAAUAACAAUAGGUUUGCUCGGUGGUGCGGGGGUCUGCUCGGUAACACCGAGUCUCCGGUUGGUUUGAAGGUGCGCUGCAGCCGCUGCUGCUGCAGGGGGAGCAUCCGUCCACAGCGUGCUGCGCUGCGAUGUGCAUCCUCCUUUCUGUCGGCCUCCGCUCCCCUUUUUCUCUCCUAAUCCCAUCUGCAAGGCGUCUGAGGAGGAUCAUACUCGCCACGGAGCUCCUUUCAGGAGGGAGGUGACAGCUCGUCUUAAAAAGAGAUGGGGCAGGAGCUUCCACACUUCUGUUCACGUCUGCUUUGUUCAAGGAGAUGCAGGUGCCAAAAGAAAUYGUUGCCCGUUCACUGACUGAAUAAAGCGGUGUAUAUCCUGGACACAUGGGUUUUAGGAUGCGAUCCCUGAAGAAGACGGUGCUGCUCGCCGUCCUGGUGUCUGUGGUGCUGGUGUUGGCACUCCUCCACUCGUGGCCCACUCGGGCCUACACCACCGUGGACGUAUGGCAGCGGCCCGGACCACCAGGAGAGAGACAUCUGGAAGAGAGGCUCCCAGAACCCGAUCAGCAGUUGAGCAACAUCCCUUAUCAUGUCAGGGAUGGUGUAGCGAGCUUGCUGGCACGUAAUGGGUGCGUAUGUGAGGGCGAGAGUGGAGGAGUGAACCUGCCCUUUGCCCAACUGUUGUUCCCGCGGGUGUCGGCUCACCUGCUGCACACUGCCUUUGAUGCCUCAGAGCUGGAGGAAAUGAAGAAGAGACGGGCCAAAGAGUACAAAAGUUUUCAGAGCAGAUCGAAGAGUUCUGCUGAUUCUCUCAUCAUCGCAGAGGCUAACAAUCCCCUGCAGUAUCCAACACAGGGGCUGGAAGUACGACCUCUGAAAACAAUCAUUGUCCCAGGUUUGGCCUUACAUGACRUUCCCAGAGAUCAUUACUCAAUAAACAUCACUGCCACGCUGGGAACGCUAAACGUAGCAGCAGAAGUGGAGGGGGUGAGAUGGAAAGGCGACGGCGAGAUGCAUAUGACGCUUUCGAGCAGCUCGCUGCUGAGCCUGAACCGGCAGCUGCAGUUCGUCACCUACACCAAUACGCUGUUUCACCCCAGCACCGCGGACACAGUGCAGUUCGARACAGAAGGGCAUCAAGCCGUCUUCAGCAUCAGAAUCCGUCACGGCGUGACGCCAAAACUUUACAACACCGGAGCUAAAGGAGAGUACAACGUCAGCGCUCUUGUGACCAUAGCUACAAAGACCUUCCUGCGGUACGAAAAGCUUCAGAACCUAAUCGACAGCAUCAGGAGGUUCUAUCCCACCAUCACCAUUGUAAUCGCUGAUGACAGCGAAAAUCCCAARACCAUCUCCGGGCCUUACAUCGAGCACUACAUCAUGCCCUUUGGAAAGGGCUGGUUUGCUGGGAGAAACUUGGCCGUUUCUCAGGUGACCACAAAAUAUGUGCUGUGGGUGGACGACGAUUUCAUCUUCACCGCCAACACCAAGUUGGAGAAGCUUGUCGAUGUUUUAGAAAAGACCACCCUGGAUCUGGUCGGUGGUGCCGUGCGGGAAGCCACGGGCUACACCGCUACCUACAGACAGACCAUCUCCAUCGAGCCCGGAGAGGAGGACGGUGACUGUUUGCACAUGAGGAGGGGAUUCCAUCACGUCAUCGAGGGCUUUCCCAACUGCGUCGUGACGGAUGGGGUCAUUAAUUUCUUCUUGGCGCGCACCGACAAAGUCCAGCAGGUUGGCUUUGACCCCCGCCUGGCCAGGGUCGCUCACCUGGAGUUCUUCAUCGACGGACUCGGCUCUCUCCACGUGGGCUCCUGUGACGACGUCAUCAUCAAUCACGCAACGAAGAUCAAGCUCCCGUGGGUCAGCCAGUCAGAGAGCGACAAGACCUACGCCAAGUUCCGUUACCCGCCUGCUUCGUCGGAUGCCACUCGCACAAAAAACGGUCUCCUGUUUUUCAAGAACCGGUUCCAGUGUUUGACUCAUAAUUAAGCCCCUCCUCUUCCUUCUUCAUCCCCGACGGUUCCUCAGUUCUUCCUGAGUUGCCAAAGAAGUCUUUCCUCCUCUCUGCUCAGUCAGAUAAGAUUCAUGGCAAACGGUUCGGUUCGUGUGGAACGUUGGGCGUGGUUUUUAUGUUUUUGAGCUGCGUUCGCUCCUGCUGUGUCUCCGCGCGGCCCUCUCAUCGUUGAGUCACAACACUGUCUAAGUGAGGGGAUCAGGAUUUGUCAAACCUUAUCUGCUUAUAGGUGCUUGAGCUGUUCAGGCACAAAAGAAAAACCCAAAAAGGUUGCAUCCUGACAGGUUGUGUCCUUUCUCGCAUAUCUUGUUUUUCCUGCUCAUGGUGUCCGACAGCAUGAGACAAGGAGGACAGAGGACAUGUCCUAGAGAGAGACCAUCUCUGAGAUGACCAGUUCCACAUGAGACACUCUUAAAGUGACUGGCUGGUUCUGUGGAAGGUGUGGCUGCUGGAUUUGAGGUCUUAAUUGUUCUUUUUGUGUCCCAGUUUUUCUACCUCCGUACCCAGAAUCCUUUUUGAUCUCACCCAUGUGAAGUCAUGCAGUUUUUCUUUUCUUUUUGGUCCGCUGCUGUCUGUCGCCCUCCAGUUUCUUCAUAGCGCACCUCAAACGCGGAGGAGUAUUUCUUUCUUCUCGCACUGAUACAUGACAGGAAACGGCACCCUUACAUGCUGCCUCAAAGGAAACAUGGAUGAACCAAAGUGCAUGUUUGUUUUCAGGCACACGAGCAGAGGAAGGACAUCUGAAAAUUGGAUGAUAGUUCUGAUGUGUCAAGCGUGUGAUGAAGGAACUCUAAGCUCUUCUUUUACAUCACGGCCUUUAGAUGGCUUCCCUGAAUCACUCUCGAUUCUUAGAAAAGGGGUUUUAACUGUCAUUUGUUAAAAGCAAAGAGGUGCAAAAAGUUUUUAUUCUUUUUUUAUAUUUUGAACUAUUUUUCUGUCUUGUAAUUUUAUUUCUAUUUAUUUUUUGAUUCAAAGACUAAACUUUUUGUUUUUUUGCAUCAUGUUUUUAAAAGUUUGUAUUAUGUUAGAGUUUGUGACUUUUGACAAACUAAAAUUUUAACAAAGUCAUGAACUUUGUUUUUAAUUUCUUGUCUUGGCACAUAAACUUAUUAUAUUACACCAUCAAAGCCACUGAAUUUAGUAGUCUAAUCCCUGCAUCAUGAACCAUUUUUUUUGUUUAAACUGUGUGAAAAUAAAACUUGUUAUGUUUUGAAGGGAGUUCUAAGAUGAAAGUAUAAAGAUGCACGUUMCCUCUUUG